AUGCCGCAGCUGGACUCCGGCGGGGGCGGCGCGGGCGGCAGCGACGACCUGGGCGCGCCCGACGAGCUGCUGGCCUUCCAGGAUGAGGGCGAGGAGCAGGACGACAAGAGCCGCGACAGCGCCGCGGGCCCCGAGCGCGACCUGGCCGAGCUCAAGUCGUCGCUCGUGAACGAGUCCGAGGGCGCGGCGGGCGCGGGUCCCGGGCCCGGCGCAGGGGCGCGGCGAGGCGGAGGCCGGCCCGAGGCGCUCGGGCGGGAGCACGCUUCGCAGAGGCUCUUCCCGGACAAACUUCCAGAGCCCCCGGAGGACGGCCUGAAGGCCCCGGAGUGCGCCGGCGGCGGCAUGUACAAAGAGACCGUCUACUCCGCCUUCAACCUGCUCAUGCACUACCCGCCCCCCUCGGGAGCGGGGCAGCACCCCCAGCCGCAGCCCCCGCUGCACAACAAGGCCAGUCAGUCCCCCCAUGGUGUCCCCCAACUCUCUCCUCUCUACGAACAUUUCAGCAGCCCACACCCCACACCUGCACCUGCGGACAUCAGCCAGAAGCAAGGAGUUCACAGACCUCUGCAGACCCCUGAUCUCUCUGGCUUCUACUCUCUGACCUCAGGCAGCAUGGGACAACUGCCCCACACUGUCAGCUGGCCCAGCCCUCCUCUCUACCCCUUGUCCCCUUCCUGCGGAUAUAGACAGCACUUCCCUGCCCCCACUGCAGCCCCUGGCGCCCCCUACCCCAGGUUCACUCACCCGUCCUUGAUGCUCGGUUCCAGUGUACCUGGUCACCCCGCAGCCAUCCCCCACCCGGCCAUCGUGCCCCCCUCAGGGAAGCAGGAGCUGCAGCCCUAUGACCGCAGCCUGAAGACACAGGCAGAGUCCAAGGCGGAGAAGGAGGCCAAGAAGCCAACCAUCAAGAAGCCCCUCAAUGCCUUCAUGCUGUACAUGAAGGAGAUGAGAGCCAAGGUCAUUGCAGAGUGUACACUGAAGGAGAGUGCCGCCAUCAAUCAGAUCCUGGGCCGCCGGUGGCACGCGCUGUCUCGAGAAGAGCAGGCCAAGUACUAUGAGCUGGCCCGCAAGGAAAGGCAGCUGCACAUGCAGCUGUACCCAGGCUGGUCGGCACGGGACAACUACGGGAAGAAGAAAAGGCGGUCGAGGGAAAAGCACCAAGAAUCCACCACAGGAGGAAAAAGAAAUGCAUUCGGUACUUACCCGGAGAAGGCCGCUGCCCCAGCCCCAUUCCUUCCGAUGACAGUGCUCUAGGCUGCCUUGGGUCCCCAGCUCCCCAGGACUUGCCCUCAUACCUUCUGCUGCCCCGAGUGCCCACAGAACUGUUUGCUAGCCCUGCAGAAGUGGCACCUACGUCCCCAGGUCUCAGCCUCCCAGCCCCAGUGUCCCCACAGGUGCCCUGCAGCGCUCUACAGAGUACACAGGUACCGCAGCAGGAAUCUCAAAGACAGGCGGCCUAGCAGGCACAGGACGCCUGGCUUCCUCCAGGUGCCCACCCACCCAGGAGGAAGCAGCAGAGGUCCAAAUCACGUGGAAACCAGCUAGGGGUCCUGUUAACUCCAUCUCAGUGUCCAGACCCUGAAGAUUUCAGAGGCCACGCAACUUCUGCCUGAACCUGAGGUCAUCAAUUCAAAAUCCUCUGAGUGGUGGGAAUCAGAUCUGUGUUGAUGUGUCAUCUCAUUAAGGGCAACUCUUGUACCUACAGCAGCCUGCAUCUAUUCUUUUUACCAUCUGUCUUACUGGCCAGAAGCCUCUGCCUCCUUGCUUUUCUGCUAUAGGUCAUAGAUGGGCUGGACUAAGCCCAGCUACCUUCUCCACCCUUGCCUUCCAUGCCACCACUGCCACACCUCCCCACACCAGACACUUCAUAGACCAAGAAUAAGCUGGUUUGUCAAAUAGGUGAGCAUGGUCACAGCCACAAAGCUCAAGAUGACAGCACUUCUCUCCUAAGGGAAUGGAGAAGCUGUUUACAGAAAACCAGCUGCUAUUCCUAAGCCUCUUACUGUGUUCUCAGGCGCUUGUAAGACGCUGGCGUAGGGAAUGCAAUAGGUUAAGUUUAGGCCCGUGAACCUCGGCAACAGCAAUCACCUGACACUACCCUGGGAGGCAAGUGUGGGUGGAGGGGGGUAUCUGGCUCUAGUUCAAAUUACUUGGAAAUGUUUCCCGAGAAAGUCAUCAGCAUAAGCAGCUCUGAUACUAAGGCCUCAGGCCUGUUAGCAGCAGCUACAGUCAACAGGUGAAAAUAGUCACAGCCCAAAUCUAGUGUGCAUCCCUCAUUUCCCGAGCCUUUUUCACAGUUCCAUUUCCAGCUCAUCCAUGGCAGCCUAGCCAGCUCUGGGGCAGCUGCAAGCAAGGGCAAACCCUAAACCCAGGCUACAGCCUGUCUUCCAACAUUCAGACCAGCUUCCGUUUCCCUGGGAGACUAUAGGAAGGAGGACCAUUGCAACUAAAGUAAGGAGCCCAGAAAACUCCUAGUGGUGGUGAACAGGUUUUCACCACAGCCUACUUUAACCUAUUUUUGAGCCAAGCUUCAACCCUGAGCCUUGAAAACAAGUUUAAGUGAACUUUGGUUUUUGCCAUCUCUUCACUGUACAUAGCCUGAAUCCAAAGAAAAAGG